AUGGUGUCCUGCUGUCCAGGAUCCUGCUGCGGGGCCGCAAGGCCGAGGGUCGCGUUCGGCAGGCCCCUGGACGGGCGGCUGCUCUGUCAGCGCCCAGGAGUAGCGCACGGGCAUCAGUGGCGUCAUGACGCCAAUGGACGGACGCUGUACAGAACGCGUGCCAUCCCACUGGACGCCCUUCUCGCUGCAGAACCCAGCAACCUGCUCGAAGUGUUGAGACACCAUACGCUCCCACAGCUGGGGCUGUCCAGCUUACCCGUGAUGGCUUUCAUGCCAGUUGGGAGCGUCGCAGAGGGGCUUGAGGCACCAGUUCAGCUGGCGUACUUGCUCCUGCUGGUGGCGCUCAUAGGCGGAGGGGUCUUUGUUGUUGUGAGGCAGGCCCUGAUCAGGAGAGAGCUCGAUGAGUCAGCCAAGGCGCUGGGAGAAUCUAUACGAAGUGGUGACGUCACCAGCGAAGAGUACUUUGAGCUUGGAGCAGUUUUGCUGCGGAAGAAGCUUUUCACGCAGGCAACCAAGAAUUUGGAGAAAGCCAUCGAAGUGUGGGAUGGUGAGGGAACCGAAAUUGCUCAGGUGCACAAUGCUCUUGGCUAUGCCUAUUUCAACCUGGAGAAGAAUGAGGAAGCCAUUCAACAAUAUGAAACAGCAGUGAAGCUUCAGCCUGGCUAUGUCAGUGCAUGGAACAACCUUGGGGAUGCAUAUGAGAAAGCAGAGGACUGGGGGAAAGCAUACACAGCAUACAAAGGGACACUAGCUGUCGCACCUGACAACGAAAUUGCCAAGACAAGGGCAGAAUUCCUGAAAAGGAGAAUGGACAGGUUGGGAAUUCAACCAAAGUCGUACAAGGCGUAG